AUGAAGCUAAGAUUCGAUCCCAAGGAUCUAGAGGAGUUAACAAGGAAUGUGAAGCAAAUACAAAACGAUGUAUUGGAAGAGAUACUCAAAGCAAACGCCAACACUGAGUACCUCGGACGUUUUCUCCAUGGAAGCAUUGAUAAAGAGCUCUUCAAGAAGAACGUACCGGUGGUGAGCUAUGAUGACGUGAAGCCUUAUCUGGAUCGUGUUGCAAACGGAGAGCCUUCAGAUAUAAUUUCGGGUGAAGCCAUUACUACAUUCAUCCGAAGUACUGGAACAUCAGGAGGGAAACAAAAGAUAUACCCUGCAAACAACAAGUACAUUGAGGACUUGGCUUUCAUCUUUGCUCUACGCUCUUUCAUUGUAUCCAAGCAUAUAGAUUAUGAUGUUGAGCAAGGAAAAAAGUUGGCAUUUCAUUUUACUAUACCACAUUACAACACUCCCUCCGGUUUGCCAGUCGUUCCCGCAUUAACAUGCCUUUUAAUGAGCGAUUAUUUCAAGAUGCGGCCAACAAAUUUUCAUACAAGCCCAGACGAAGUGACAUUGUGCCAAAUUUACAAAGAGAAUAUGUAUUGUCAUCUUCUAUGUGGUCUUGCUAGGAGAGAUGAGGUUGUUUCUAUCAUUUGUUCUUUUGCUUGUGCUUUGGUUGGUGCAAUCAUAUUUUUUGAGAAAAACUGGAGAGAGUUGUGUGGUAAUAUCCGAUCAGGUAAUGUUAGCGAGUGGAUCACCGAUCUUGCUUGUAGAGACUCUGUCUCUAUCAUCCUUGGAGGACCUAAUCCUGAAUUGGCAGAUUUGAUUGAACAUGAGUGUAGCCACAACUCAUGGGAAGGUAUAAUCACACGAAUAUGGCCCAAGGCCAAAUUCAUUCAAACUGUUCUUACAGGAUCUAUGGCUCAAUACGUCCCGAUAUUGGAGUUCUACUCCAAUAACUUGCCCCUCAUCUCCCCGAGUUAUAUGUCUUCNGAAGCAUUAUUUGGGGUAAAUACAAAUCCUUUAUGCAAACCACAAGAUGUGAGCUACACAUUUUUGCCAAAUUUGUCCUAUUUCGAAUUCCUAUCCGUUGAUGAAGGACGCAAUGAAGAAAUUUUUGAUCUUGUGGAUGUCAAGUUAGGGUGCUUUUAUGAGCCCUUGGUCACAACUUAUUCAGGUUUACAUAGAUACAAAAUGGGAGAUGUUCUACAAGUGACUGGCUUUUACAAUAGUGCACCUCAGUUCAAAUUCGUGCGUAGAAAAAAUAUGGUUAUAAGCGUCCAAUUGGAGGCAACAACUGAAGAAGACAUUUUAAAAGCAGCAACUCAAGCUACACUCGUUCUUGAAUCUUCGAAUCUAAUGUUGAUGGGCUUCACAUGUUGGUCAGAUUUAUCCACUCUUCCAGGUCAUUAUGUUAUGUAUUGGGAGCUUAAAUCCAAAUACAUCAAUGGUCUUGUCGAGCUUGAUAACAAGGUAUUGGUGGAAUGUUGUUGUGUAGUAGAGGAAUCACUUAACAUUCUUUAUAGAAUGUAUAGAUGUAAAUCAAGAUCAAUUGGAGCUCUUGAGAUAAAGGUGGUACAACAAGGAACGUUUGGAUCUCUCAUGGAUUUCUUCAUCUCUCGAGGUGCUUCAAUAAAUCAAUACAAAACACCUUUAUGCAUAAACUCUUCUAAAGCCUUAGAGGUUCUUGAAAACAAGGUUUUUGCUCGGUUCUUCAGCGACAAAUACCCUUCUUGCGACUCGUAA